AUGGCAGUGCUACCGAACAAGGCGCAACUGCCUACUGGAAUCGCAGCUGUUCGUCCGCAUCUGGAGCAAGUAGACAAUGUACCGCUUCUCGUUGGGCUUAUCACUGAUUGCACGCCUGAGGCGAGUCUUCAAAUGUUGGAGAUAAUGCAGGAAUACGGAGAGUUGGUGUUGGCCGUCGGUUCAUCUCUGUCAAUUGUGAAUACCAGCGUGUUCCUUCAGGCCGACAUUUCCAUAAGUGUCCUGCCAGUGGGAGACUGGCAGUGUUCCAUGAGUUCUGGGCCGAAUUGGCAGACUGUCAAAAAUGCAACCGACAGUCUCAUGAGCAUCGCCAGUGAUUUUCGGCUAAGAUUCGAACAAGUUUUCUUGACGACCUUCGUAGAGCUGCCACUUCUCACACUGGGAUCAGUUUUUACUCCGUUCCGUCCGAGAUCGAACGUAAUUCGAAUCUCGUCAAAGAAUUCAGCCACUGUGCCCCGUCGAGACAUUAAAUGGGCGACGAUCACAUUUUUCAUCGUCUUCUUUCCUUCAUCACUUUUUCUCGUGUUGUUCUUUUUCCUUUUGCUGAUUCGAAACUCAACAGUUACCUGCUCCUUUUCCGAUGUCGUCUGUGCCGUUGCGGCUGAACAUGCCAGAGAUGCCCCUCUUUCAACAAUGGCUAUUCGUCACGUUGUUGGUCUUCAUGUAAGUGUCUUCUUUUUACUGCAAUGUCAUUCAAAUCGUUUUCGUAGUCACAGGUUAUCUUUUCCCAUGCACACUUGA